UCCCUGCGAGACCCGGCGGCGGCGGCGGCUUUGGAUUGUGGGGGGCGGGGACCCGCUGCGCAUCGACACCAUGUUUCUGGCCACUCUGUACUUCGCGCUGCCACUCCUGGAUUUGCUGCUGUCGGCCGAGGUGAGUGGCGGGGACCGCUUGGACUGCGUGAAAGCCAGCGAUCAGUGCCUGAAGGAACAGAGCUGUAGCACCAAGUACCGCACACUGAGGCAGUGCGUGGCGGGCAAAGAAACCAACUUCAGCCUGGCGUCCGGCCUCGAGGCCAAGGACGAGUGCCGCAGCGCCAUGGAGGCCCUCAAGCAGAAGUCUCUCUACAACUGCCGCUGCAAGCGGGGCAUGAAGAAAGAGAAGAAUUGUCUGCGCAUCUACUGGAGCAUGUACCAGAGCCUGCAGGGAAAUGAUCUACUGGAAGAUUCCCCGUAUGAGCCCGUUAACAGCAGGUUGUCAGAUAUAUUCCGGGCAGUCCCUUUCAUACCAGAUGUUUUCCAGCAAGUGGAGCACAUUUCCAAAGGGAACAACUGCCUGGAUGCGGCCAAGGCCUGCAACCUGGAUGACACCUGCAAGAAGUACAGGUCAGCCUACAUCACCCCGUGCACCACCAGCAUGUCCAACGAAGUCUGCAACCGCCGCAAGUGUCACAAGGCCCUCAGGCAGUUCUUUGACAAGGUCCCCGCCAAGCACAGCUACGGGAUGCUCUUCUGCUCCUGCAGGGACAUUGCCUGCACUGAGCGACGGCGGCAGACUAUCGUUCCUGUGUGCUCCUACGAGGAACGAGACAAGCCCAACUGCCUAAAUCUGCAGGACUCCUGCAAGACAAACUACAUCUGCAGAUCUCGCCUCGCAGAUUUCUUUACCAACUGCCAGCCAGAGUCAAGGUCUGUUAGCAGCUGUCUUAAGGAGAACUAUGCAGACUGCCUCCUGGCCUACUCAGGACUGAUUGGCACAGUCAUGACCCCCAACUACAUAGACUCCAGCAGCCUCAGUGUGGCCCCAUGGUGUGACUGCACCAACAGUGGCAAUGACUUGGAUGAGUGCUUGAAGUUCCUGAAUUUUUUUAAGGACAACACGUGUCUCAAAAAUGCAAUUCAAGCCUUCGGCAAUGGCUCAGAUGUGACCAUGUGGCAGCCAGCCCUGCCAGUACAGACCACCACUGCCACUACUACCACCGCCUUCCGGGUCAAGAACAAGCCCGCAGGGCCGGCAGGGUCUGAGAAUGAAAUCCCCACACACGUUCUGCCGCCUUGUGCAAAUCUGCAGGCACAGAAGCUGAAAUCCAAUGUGUCGGGCACCACACAUCUCUGUCUUGCUGAUCAUGAUUAUGAACAGGAUGGUCUUGCUGGUGCCUCCAGCCACAUAACUAUAAAAUCGAUGGCUGCUCCUCCCAGUUGCGGUCAGAGCUCACUGCAGGUGCUGGUGGUUACCACUCUGGCCACCCUAUUAUCUGUAUCCUUGGCAGAAACAUCGUAGCUGCAUUCAGGAAAUACGGA